AUGGGGUUAUGGUGUUGUGUCACAAAUGGUGCUCCAAACACGAACAUUAAUUUUGAAGCUUGCAGUAGAACCACAUAUGCUGCAGGCGAACCUUACGGAAAUGGCGUAGCUUAUGUUCUUGACGAUAUAACGAGUAACGCGCCCAAUGCAUCGGGACCGAAGUACGAAUCAGUAUCUCCGGAUCUCAAUGCUCUAUGUUAUGGUUCUGGAUUUUGUGUUUCAGCUUUGACAUUUGAAGAUUGCUCCACUUGCAUGUUGGCUGCGUCUACGGAAAUCCAAAAUCACUGCGCUGGUCACAUUUGGGGUGUUGUGCUGCUUCAAGAUUGUUCGAUUGCAUACAAAAAGGUGGGUGAUAAGGAUAAGCAACGCCAUUGA